GCCCAGAGGCAGCAGAUGUCCAACAGCAGCUCCAUCACCCAGUUCCUCCUCCUGGCAUUGGCAGACACGCGGGAGCUGCAGCUCUUGCACUUCUGGCUCUCCCUGGGCAUCUACCUGGCUGCCCUCAUGGCCAACGGACUCAUCAUCACUGCCAUAGUGUGCGACCACCACCUGCACACCCCCAUGUACUUCUUCCUCCUCAGCCUCUCCCUCCUCGACCUGGGCUCCAUCUCCACCACUCUCCCCAAAGCCAUGGCCAACUCCCUCUGGGACACCAGGGACAUCUCCUACUCAGGAUGUGCGGCACAGCUCUUCCUGAUUGUCUUUUUCCUUUCAGCGGAGUGUUCUCUCCUCACCGUCAUGGCCUAUGACCGCUACGUGGCCAUCUGCCAGCCCCUGCACUACGGGACCCUGCUGGGCAGCAGAGCUUGUGUCCACAUGGCAGCAGCUGCCUGGGACAGUGGGUUUCUCUAUGCUGCGCUGCACACGGCCAAUACACUGUCACUGCCGCUCUGCCAAGGCAAUGCCCUGGGACAGGUCUUCUGUGAAAUCCCACAGAUCCUCAAGCUCUCCUGCUCACACACCUACCUCAGGGAAGUGGGGCUUAUUGUGGCUAGUUCCUGUUUAGUCUGUGGAUGUUUCGUUUUCAUUGUUCCGUCCUACGUUCAGAUCUUCAGGGCUGUGCUGAGGAUCCCCUCUGAGCAGGGACGGCACAAAGCCUUUUCCACGUGCCUCCCUCACCUGGCCGUGGUCUCCCUCUUUCUCAGCACUGCCAUAUUUGCCCACCUGAAGCCCCCCUCCAUCUCCUCCCCAUCCCUGGACCUGGUGGUGGCAGUCCUGUACUCGGUGGUGCCUCCAGCAGUGAACCCCCUCAUCUACAGCAUGAGGAACCAGGAGCUGAAGGACGCACUGAAGAAGCUGAUGCAGUCAGGUGUCAUCCAGCUGGUAUCUUACCCAUCUCUUUCUGUUCACACCCAGAGGUUCAUGGCCUCGCUUGGGCAGAACACUGAUGAAGACCAUGGGAAGACAUUUUUCCGCUUGGAAAAUGCUUUCCUGAAUGACCAGCCGUACACAGCUCUGCUGUCCUUGAGUGCUGCUGCCCAUGGGACUACCACUACAAGUCCCCUGAAGAGGCUAAAGUCUUCUCCCCCUAUUUCAUGA